UGCAUUUAAGAAAGAACGUAUUCAAAGUGAACAACGACUUAAAUCUACAUCUAUAGCAGAGAAUGAGAGUAUAACGACUGCAAAAAAUAGAGAGAGCCGAAAUUUAGAGCAGAUUAAACGAAAAAAUGUAAGACGUUUAAUAAAAAGAAUGAAAUCAAAACAAAUACCAUUUGUUGCAAAGAGGCAGCAAGUUCUGAAGCAUCCUAGCAGCUAUCCAAUUGUAAAGCAAACGGUUUCUAGUGAAAAUGUACGCUGCGUUGUUGAAAGUCUGCGGGAUGAGAAGUAUGUAAUAAAUACGAAAAGCUUCGAUAGUAAAGCGAUUGAACAAACAUUAACCUCACCAAUUUAUACUAAUCAUACUGCUGACGAUAAUUCUUUGAACCCUACUCAAAAUUCGAAUAAAGAUUUGCCUAUUACAAUAGAAGAAGAUUCUUCAUCCAUCAUUGAAAACAAAGUACGGAUGCAAAAACCAUUAUCAAAUUACAGCACUAUAAACAGUGACGAUAACUUUGUUAUAAUUAUGGAUGGUACACCAGCCCAUGUUGAAAUCAAAUAUGCCAAACAGCAUUCACCGUUUCCAAAUGAACAAAUAAUAUUAGGAGAUUUUGCUGAAGGAGAAAAAACACCAGACAAGCAUGACAGUUACGUUAAAGCUAACAACAGAGCUACAGUUUUUAAAACACAAAUAAAAGUCCCUACAAAUCAGUCGAACAUUGGAGACAAUAUGAAAACCUCCACGCUGCAUUAUUCACAGAGAAAUCAAGAACAAAUUAUGGACUUGAGUUUAAAAGAUAACAGCAACGUAUCAAAUCAAAAACCAAUCUUCACGCCCUGUCAGAAAGAAUUAUCUUACGUUUCGAAAUAUCAUGAUCAUUCUUUCAUGCAAGAGCAUGCUUAUUUAGAAUCACUCUUUUCAACAAGUCUACGAAACAAACAAGAGAUGUCUAAUAUUACGCGAGUAAAUUUUUAUUCUCGUUACCCACAGCUACAUUCACGAAACAAAUAUAUUCCGGAAUUGAAUGCUCUUCGUAAAAAGUGUUUGCCAAGUUUUAUGCCAAGCGAAGUGUGUAGCUCAUCCUUUACACUCGAUAGAGAAACACAUACUCAUCCAUCGGACAUGAUGAAUUGCUUUCCUAACCAACUAUAUGAAAAUUACUUAAAACCAGAAAUUUACGACUUCCCCACUUCACCUUAUAACCAUACACAACAACAAAAACUUACCUGUGUUUUGCAAACACAAAAAACUUAUAGUGUCUAUAAUCUUGAUUUACAGCAACCAUUAUAUUAUCCCCUUCAUCAAAACUUACAUUAUUUUCCUCCUCAGUACAGAUCUAAAAACUCUUCAACCGGACUAGGACCAUUUGAAAAUCAACAAUUGUGCGAUGUCGCAAAUCCAAUACCACAAUUUACAUUCGCAGAACCAAAACCAACGUCCCUACCACCUACACCUCGUAUUCCUGACGAUGGAAAUCCCAACAAUUUUCCCUUUUCAUCGCCAAAUUUGAGGAAUACGCUUAAAAAGUUUACCACUCCUUUCGAAAUAUCGCCAUUUUAUUUGAACACUUCCCAACCAGAACUUUCUAUAAAAUCAGAAUUUUUAACCGAUGUAAAUACUCCGCAUUAUGUGCCAUGCCCCAACACCACAUUAGCAGAACAUAUGACUAAUAAUUUUUCAACUCCUGAACUUCAUAUGAAUACUCAUCCACCACAUUUACGUCGAAACUAUAUAUAACAUUUUUAUAUAUUAAUUUUCAGUAUAAACUAUAGGUCCGUCCCACCAUUUGUUGGAAAAACAUCAAGACAUCACCGCUUAAGCGGUUACAAAGCGCCAAUUAUGUAUAUAUAGAUGAACUUAAAUAUGAAAUUUCAAAACAUCAAUAGCUAACCUCCAA